UAAGAAAAACCAAAAUGUUGGGACCAAUGGAAGGGAUAGCACUGAACAGCAAUGUGUCUAAGAACGGGAGCUCCUGGGGACAGCUUCUCUGGCACAUUCUCCACGACAAACCGGAGCUGGUUCUCCGCAAGGGGGCGAUGUUGUACAGUUCCGGUGAAGUUGCAGCUGCUUCGUAUGGAUUUGGUAUUACCUCGCAGGAACUGAAGGCAAUAAAAGAAGCCAUGGACAGCAGCAGCCACAGAGAAACGAUCCACAUCCAGGGCGUCACGUAUUGCGUCAAGGUCAACACCCCUAAUACGUUGCUUGCCUGGAAUGGCGGGAAAUACCUGAUCGUCUGUCGCUCAAAGCAGCUUUACCUCGUGACGCACUGCGCCUCCCGCAGCAAAAAAGAUGACGCCCGAAAAUGGCUGACAAGGUUUGCGUCAAAACUUGUCGAACAAAAUUAUUGACUCAAAGCUGAAUAGAUUUUAUGUGGAAAUUAAAAUCGGAGAUGAGCCCCUCUCUCCUGCCGUCGACUGAGUUUUACGACAUGACGUAACAUCUGUCACUGCUCCUGCACCUCGACCCGAAACCUCGCUCAGUGCUCCUGUACGCCCUGGUAUUGUGCGUGCUUGGGGCCGAUUGGGAAUGAGUAGACCUGUAGUACAUCCCCGAUAGAGAUGGAAAGGCGGGAAAAGACUUUCGCGUGAGUGGGAAAAACACAGAGAUACCACAGUGUUGUCCCCAUUGGUAGACUUUUAAACUCGAGAUUGAUUAAAAUUUGAAAAUGUAAGAGAAAAGAAGCAGCGUUUUGAGGAUCAAAAAUGUUUUGGCAAAUGGAUGAAGUGAGGCAACGUUGUUAGACUUUGGAGAGAUUAAUUUCAAAAAUGUUUAACACUAAAUCGCACUCACUGAGUGCCAAUGUAAGAAAUAAAUUCUUUGUAUUUUAAUAAAAUAUCAAAUUGAAAUUA